CUCGCUUUGUCUCUUUACCUCUCAUCUGCAUCCUCACCUUUCGAGCUCAUCCACAAACAGCUCGCCUGCCGAUCGCCAAUGUUCGCCCGACUACAGAACGCCGCCAAUGACAACCAAGGCGCUUCGUCGUCAUCGAACGGGCGUGGCGGCGGCAGGGGCUCUGGCAGGAACGUCGCAGGCUCAGCGUUGCGAAGAGCUGGAUUGAUCGACGAUGAUGUUGGUAUGCGAUCCGCUAGCUCCUCCGGGCCUAGCAGGUCGGGUAGAGGCAGGGGUAAAGGAAGGGGAGCGGGAGGCUCGGCAGCUGGGCCAGGAGCGACAGCAGGACCGUCUCGCAUCCAGAUCGAUGAUGACGGUGCGGCUGGAGGAGGAAAGACUGGCAAAGCGAGGAAGGCGAGAGAUCGCGCCAACCCGCUAGCAGGCCGCCUCUCACGCCCAGCAAGACCGGGCACCAUCACCGGCGAUGCUAAUGUCAGCGGCCAGGUCUUUGCCAUCCGCGGAGCAGCAAACGCAGCGGGAGCCGGCGCAGCAGGUGGUGGUGGCAAGGGAAAGGCUAAAGGUGGAAGAGUACCAGGAGGCGGAGGAGCGAAUGGCAAUCAUGCCCCGUCCUCGUCCUUCAACACGCAGGGUACCAUCGGAGUCCUGCGGCGCUUCCUUGCCGCCAGAUGGAAUGGCAGUGCCAACUUCCUCAAUCUUGACAACAUGAAGGCAGACAAUAUCCUCAAGGAAAGCAACGUCAUUGCCCCCGGUCAGCCUGGCGCCCAUAAGGACAUCGGCGCCGUCAUGUGGAAGCUGGCUGCUGAGCUCUACCCUGGCCUCACGACGCUCUCCAUGGGCAAUAACGACCUCAAGAAUUUGGCGCCUCUCGCCGCUCUGCCACAGCAUCUGCCCAACAUUCAAAAUCUGUCGCUGGAGGGCAAUGAUCUCAAGUGGGCAAAGGACCUGACGACCUUCAGCAAGAAUAAGAACGGGACGCUCAAGAAUUUGAGGGAGCUCAUGCUCACGGGCAACCCGAUGCAGGCAAAUGCAGCAGCGGCUAUGAACGAGGAGGGCUAUCGCGCCGAAGUCCUCUCGCACUUCCCCACCCUCACCCUCCUAGACCGAGUCCCCGUCACGCCCAAGGAGCAAGCAAUCGCGCAGCUACCCUCGUCCUCCAAGGGCGGCCCGUCCGGCAAAGGCAAAGGUGGCAGCGACCCCUCAACCACUCUUGGCCCAGACACGCCUACCAAGCCCUUCCCUUCCACCCUACACAUUAAGCCAGGCUUCUCCGACCCAUCGGCCGAAUCCAUCGUCCCUACCUUCCUGGCCAAGUUCUUCCAACUCUACGACUCUCAACGAGAUAGCGCAGACCUACGCGCCGCGUACGCCUCCAAUGCUACUUUCAGUCACUCUCUCAAUCAGAGAGUCAGCCCACGAUCUCAAGCUGCUGGCUAUCUCACUUCGGCGGAGAUGCCGCGCCAACGUGACCUCAAUUGGCACGGAUACACUGGCAAAGGGCUCAAUAGCCACGACAUCAUGAGUCUUGGGAGCAAGAGCGCCUCAAAGGGUUUCCCGGUGGGAGCAAAUGCGAUCAUGGCUGUGUUGGCUAAGAUGCCCAAGACGACGCACCCCCUCAAUGAUGCGAGCAAGUUCGUGGUGGACUCGUGGCUCCUUCCCAACCAGGCGGUGGGAGCAUUGGUGGGGGCCGACUCGAGCAGUGGUGCUCAGCAGAAUGGCGGCGGUAGCACAGAGCAGAGGCCUGAAGCGGUCCUGUUCAUCAACGUCAAGGGGGAGUAUCAAGAGCAUCCCUCGAUGGGAUAUCGCUCCUUCGAUCGGACGUUCAUCGUCGCUCCAUCCGCGCCCGGCUCUACGGCGGCUAACGCAGGGUGGCCGUGCGUGAUACUCUCGGAGCAGCUGACUGUCAGGCACUACAGCGGGACGGCGUCGUGGAGACCAGGACCGCUUGCGUCUGGCGAUCAAGCGCAACAAGCUCUACAACCUCAACAACAGCAAGGUCAGCCCUCCGCUGCGGCGCCAGGCAGCGGCCCUCAACCCCCACCAGGGAUCAACGAGCAGCAACAUUUCCUUUCCCUCGAAUUUGCGCGGCAGACAGGCCUCACUUACCCUUUCGCUCUGCAGUGCUUGCAGGAGAAUGGCUGGCAACCUCAGGCUGCUAUGGAGGUCUUCCAGAACUUGAAGGGGCAGGGGGCUAUUCCGCAGGAGGCAUUCGGACCAGUGGCAUAGUAGGGGAGGCAUGAGGAUGGAUGCAGCCAAACGAAGUAGCGAGUGGAAGCAGGAGACAGAGCAGCGAAAACAUGAGAGAUGGAUGGGCAGUGAGAAGGAGGCGGUGGAGCAUGAGGGACGACGAGCCUGGCAAGAAGAAAAGCAAG